UGUUAGAAUAGUGAAAUGCUGUUAUUUAUUUAAUCUUAGAAAAAGCCCGCCCGCUGCUGUAUAUACAUGUUCCAUUAUUAAAAACAUCAUCAGCCAGACUAACGCUAAACUUGUUUUGUAUUUUCUUGACAAAAUUUAGGAGGAAAUCAUUCUAGCUACAGUCUCCAUGUUAUCACUAGGUAUAUGAGUGAAUGACUUCCCGUUAAGGCUAUCUUGCAUAACUUUAUCUUGAUACGUUAUUUACAUAGCGAUAGGGCAAUGCUAUCCAGUACAUGUCGACGAUACUAGGCAUUCCCAUACACACAUACAUAUACACACGAUAUCAGCUACACAAUCGCUGAUAAACCGGAUCUAUUCAUGAUUGUUUCACGAUUCAGAAAAGGAAAAUGAAGAGGAUCGUCACACAUAUCCGCUUGUCAUUACACAUUAUGUGAAGCAACUACUGACAGUUUUCGAAGAUGGAUAGACGUAAUGGAUGUAGUAAAAGUGAAGUAAACUUCGUCGUUUAUUUCAUUGUUGUCUUGUUCGGUAUUGGAUCAUGGGUAGCAGUCAAUGGCAUGUGGGUGGAACUACCCAUCCUGGUCCCAAACCUACCAGAAGGGUGGAAACUACCGUCCUAUCUGACUGUCAUAAUCCAACUGGCAAACGUCGGCCCACUUCUUGUCAUCGUAUCCUAUCUGUGCUGCAAGGACAAGCUGAAUGAGAAAGCCAUGAUAUAUAUCAUUCUCAUAAUAGGAACUGUAGCUUGUGUGCUGUUGGCGUUUUUCUGGAAGGAGACAUCAGAUGUAUUCGGCGAGGAUCAUAGCGUUGCGUUGUUUGUCCUCGACUUUUUCCUCUCCGUCGUCGAUUGUACAUCGUCUGUAUUGUUUCUUCCUUUCAUGGCACUAUUCCAUGUCAAGUAUAUGACUGCGUUGUAUAUUGGGGAAGGCCUAAGUGGACUGCUCCCAAGCCUAGUAGCCCUUGGACAAGGAGUUGGCAAGGUGACUUGUCAGAAUGUUUCGGUUACAAACCAAACGACAAACAUUUCAAAUUAUCACAUAAAGCCUGUGUAUCAAAAUCCUUCGUUUCCGGUGGAGUACUUUUGCUUCUUUCUUUGCGGUAUGAUGCUGGUAUGUGGUUUGGCAUUCACGUUGCUGAAUUACCUCCCCUAUUGCAAAAAAGAACAUAUAUCACGAAAAAUUACCACUGGAAAUGAAAUGUAUGAACUGAAAGGCAAAGACGAAUCACAAAUGAAGGGACAUUCCAAAAGCAUCGGCCCUGCAACAAUGGCCUUAUACCUAUCUCUCAUAGCAGUGAUCAACAGCCUCACAAAUGGCGUCUUGUCUGGAAUUCAAUCUUACUCGUGUAUACCAUACGGAAAUGACGCCUACCACCUGACAGUAACUAUCUCUAAAAUUGCUAAUCCGGUUGUAUGUUUUUUGGCCUUUCUUCUUCCGGUCUCAUCCGCCAUUGCUAUCACCAUCUUUGUUACUAUGGGAACGGGAAUAUCUGCCUACAUCAUACUGAUGGCUAGUCAAAGUCCGACUCCGUGGAUGUAUGACGAACCAGCUGGUCCACCAUUGAUGAUAUCUGCUUGGGUGAUAAUGGGCUCCCUGAUGACGUUCUCGAAAGUCUCCAUCGCCUCUAUUCUGAGACAGGAAGGGAAGGCGGCCUUGUUGUGGUGUGGUGUUGUUACACAGUUAGGCUCACUUAUCGGUGCCAUUCUGAGUUACAUUUUAGUCAACGUGAUGACCUUUAUUUGAGAGCGCACCUGUCUGUAAAUAAGGAACAAUUCAUUGAUAUCAAUUCCGUCACCGAGAUUGAACCAACAAACUAGCAAAGUACAAUGCAUAAGUUUUCACAAUAAGAGAUGCUGGAUACGAACCAUUUGAUAAAGUGUUGUGAAAUGUUAAGACAAGAGCGCUUCGGUCAGAUACUGUAAAUUGUAUAUUUUAGCGGUUUUCUGAUUUUAAUAUUUUCGCUUGAAUUUGUGUUAAUGCAACGUCUUCCUUUUGUUUUAUAAUGAUUAUUGUAUCUUACAUAUUUAUUAAAAGUGUCGUUCUACUAACUUAUUAGUGUGUUUAUCAAUUAGUAUUUGAUAAUGCACAUAAAUUUUCAAUUCAAAACAACAUAUUGUUUAAAGUAUAUAACAUUCCAGAUCACCUUCUCAUGUUUCAUAUUUUCAAUUUAGAUCAAAUGUACUUAUUUCAUUUUUUUACUUUACCUGUUUCAGCUCUCAGAACACAAGAACAAUCAAUAAAUUGUAUAUCUAAUUCUAUGUACAUUUCUAUUAGAUUUGGAUUUUGAAUGGUGUUUGCUAUAUGUGAAUGGUGCGAGUGCAUUUGUCCUUAACAUUUAUAAUCGAAUUGUUAGCAAACAACGUCCCAUGCUUAACUACGAAAAAUAUAAACCGACAUUCAGCUUGUCUCCACAUGAAUGACUGGUUUGCUUAGAAACGCGUGCAUUUGUGACAUUUUCAUUUCAUUUAAAAUAUAGUAGUGCGUUAAUCAUGACAGUUACAUGAGUAUUAAUGUGGUCACCUUAAACCAUGACAACAACAAUAUGAACCUCAAUAAAUUGUGUAGUUCAACCUAUUGAA